UCAACCUGGGACUGUCCAGUUUAAUCAGGAAUGGCAGAAACAACGAAUCCAGCCGCUACUUCCUUUCCAGCACCGACUAUUUCUUUGCCUCUUGGUGUGGAAAUAUUGAGGACGUAUUCUGGAGCCCUUAUUUGUUUGGAGAUUGUGUUUGGAGGAUUGGUGUGGAUUUUAGUAGCAUCGACAAACGUGUCUGUGCCACUGUUGCAGGGAUGGGUGAUGUUUGUGUCAGUGACCAUGUUCAUCUGUUCAUCUGCAUACCUUGUCUUGUUUCUGCUGGGGUUGGCUGACAAGAUUAACACUGACUGGAAUUUCAUAGACAUGUUCUACCAUUUCAUCGCUUUGCUGUUUUAUUUUGGUGCAUUUUUACUGGAAGCUACAGUUUCUUCUUCUGCGGGUGUAUAUGGAAACACCACAUGUAUACAGAAACCCCGGGGCAAUAUAAUAACAUUUAUGGAGCAUCGAGAACACAACAUUAAUGUUGCAGCUACAAUAUUUGCAUUUAUAGUGACUUCAUGUUACGCCUGUAGCAUGAUCAUGGGCUUCAGGAGAUGGAGAAAAUAGUCCACAACAAUGGAGCAUACAUGACCAAUUCAUAAGACGCUUCAGACGUCAGCUGGUGGUCAGAGAGGACCUUUAUUUUUCAAUUAUUGAGUUGAUGUUUAGAUUUAGAUUUGUUCUUAUUUUUAAUAUGUCAAGUAUUUAUUAUUAUGAAUAUUUAUAUAAAUAUAAUUUUACGUUAAUUGUAAUUAUAUUGUUUAUAUUUCUGUUAAAAUUGCCACUGAACAAAUGUCUGGUGAUAUGUGCUGGAUACAUGUGUCUGUGUAGGAAUGGGCAACUUUGGUCCUUGAGGACCCUUUUUACAUUUCUGGGCUUCUUAGCAGCGGAAGUCAACAUAGUUGGGUAAACUUAGAGCUCAGUGAAUUGGAGAGUACAACAAAUACAUGUUUUGCAUUCCUAUUAGUUCAAAUAAAAGUAAAAACUCAACAAUAGUGUUAUCAAGGCUUUCAGAAAAAGGAAAAAAUAUUGUGUGAGACUGAUAAUGGCAGCCAGAAGAGAGAACAAAGUCAAAUUUACUUUAUUGCCCACAGAUGCUACAUUAGAAACACCUAGCAUAAGCGAUAACUAGGUUAUUUUUAAAUUGAUGCAAAGAUGAUAUAAUGCAAAGUAUGAAGUUAUAUUUUUUAAACUUUCAAGGAUUUAAGAUGCUGAUGACUGUUAAAUGCGUUAUAAUCAUCUUGUGAAAUGGUCCCUUGUCCUACAGAGAUUUUCUUCAGCACUAAUCAAACACCUGAACAAGCUAAUCAGCCGCUUUUACACUGUCAGUGAGGCCAAAAGCAGUGAGGACAAAAUCAUGCCAUGUUUCAACUGUAGGGCCGAUAGUUCACAGUGUAGCAUGAAAACCCCACCCUAAGUAUGCUGUCCGAAUCAAAAGUCAAACAACCCACUCAGAUCACGAGAAAAAAGUCAAAUCAGAAACAAUUAGGUGAAGCGAACCAUCUCAUCAUGAAACAAUCAAGAUGAAGACAACUAAAGUAAACAAAUUACUGUAGAGUAUUAAAUGAUAUAUCAAUAUAUAGGCAUGGGUCAGUAUAAGAUUCUGAUGGUAUGAUAACCUUGGAUAAAAUUAUCACUGUAUCAUGGUAUUGUGAUUACUACUCUAAAAUAAGUUUUUAUUAAAUGUCUGGGUAAAAAACAAAAAUUUUCUCCUCUUUGAAAACAAUAUAUUUUAUUUUUUGAAAGAUUUAUAAUAUUUUGAAACAGUAAACAUGUCAGGCUAAAUAAUGAAAAUGAAUCAUUGACUUCUGCUGUCUUCAUUAGUUUCAAAAAUAUAGAUUUCGUUACGAUUUAAAACGGCAUUUUUGGAUAUCUUUUCUGCUGAAGAUACUGUUGUCCUAAAAAAUACCUUAGGAACGGUAUUACAGAAAAUUUUGGCAGUUUUAAAACCUUGACUUUUCCAAACCGUGGUAUACCUUGUAAACGAUUAUUGUUCCAUGCCUAUCUAUAUACUGUAU